GAAAGAGAGAGCAAUGCCUAUGUCUAUUCAAGGCCUUCUAACCUCCUCCACUUUUAUCUCUCCUCCCGUUGCACCAUUUCGUUUUUGAUUUUUUGUUCUUGAAUUGGUUUCUGUUCCAAUUUUCAGUUUUACCCGUCACUCCUCCAUAGGUGGUUAAUUCGGCGUCAACGCAAAACUGAGACUGCUGUUUCUCAGGCCAUCAUCACCGGGAUCAAGGCCGGAGAUUGGCAGUCUCUCUAAACUUCUCUCUCUCUCUGGGGGAGAGUGUUGGUAAUUGCCUAAUUGGCAUUCAUUUUGCAUAAAUCCGAUGGUUUUGGACCACCGGAGCUAGAGAAUCAAGACAUUUAAGUUAUGGAAUCUGCGAAUGAGAAAAUAACGUCAAGCCCAUCUUCCUCCCCAUUACCAUCAUCUUCAGACCAUUUGCAAGCAGCCCCUGAAAGCAAAGGCAUAGGGAAUUCGGACCCGAGAUUAAAUCAGACAGAUACAGGUGCUGGUGAGAUUGCAUCUGCAGGCAAAGGCUUAAGCCCCAAGACCCCUGCAAGUACUUCUGGCCCUCUGGAAGUUGAUGUGGGCAAUGUUGUAGCUACUUCGGAAAAUGGUCUUGCAACGACUCCGUCCCCUGCUGGCUCUCUUCUAAGUACAAGCUACAUCGAUGAGGAUUUUCAAGGCGGCUCGACACCUAAGACUGAGCAGCUUAAUGGUGAGUUGAGCCAGGGCAAUGAUUCAGCAACACAAUCGCCUCCUAAGCAGGUGAUGGAGCGGCCUAGUGAGCCGAGUACUCCGUACAGGAUCCCGGAUUAUGUCUUUGCGAGGAAACCAUCCACAGCCCCGAUGGAAUGGAGUGCUGCUUCCAAUGAAUCCCUAUUCAGCAUUCAGAUGGGUAACAUGAGUUUCACCAGAGAACAGUUUGCCUUUUUAGGUAAAUCUGGUGAGUUGGGUUUAUCUGGAGAACAGAACAUGUUGUCCGGUCCAUAUAUAGACUUCUCGAGUAACCAGCCUCCGGAUAAGCAAGUUGAAUUUUCCCAAAACGGCGGCAAUUUGGAUGAGGGCCCAAAUCCGAGAGUAACUGAAGCAAAAGCCGUAGAGACCAUGAGAGAGGUUAUAAGGGAAAUUGCCGAAAAUGACAACAAAGCAAGUCCAUCAUCUUCGGCGGAUAAUCACAGCAAAGGAAGCCCGUCGCCCAGCGUCCGAAAUCCUAUAGUCAGCCCAUCCCUCACUGAACACAAGUUUCAUAACAUAUCUAGCCUUUCUCAUGCUUCUGAUGGAAGUACUAAAUCAUUUGCAUUUCCAGUAUUGGCAGGCGAGGAGAGAAGUGGUUCACUGAGGGUAGAUGGAGUAGGGAAGCAAAAGCAACAUUCACCACGAAGAGGCUCACGGCCACAAACACCUAAAGAAAGCAGAAAGCCGAUUGCUGCAUCUCAGAGCCCGAAAUCAGCCCUGACCCCGAUUAAGCACAAAUGGCUACCUUGCUCUUGUUGCCCAUUUUGUAACUGAUCGAGACUCAUUGUCGAGGGUAGUGGUACUAUUUCAUCUGCCAAAACUUUUGUUAACAUCGGAACAAAGGAAACAAAAAUACCCUGAACAAAAUUCUAGCCUUGUAGUUUCUUUCUUUCUUUUUGAUCUUAUGGAUAUUAAGACAUGUUAUUUGAGGUUAAUAUGUUUUUAGUAACAUUAGGUAACAAGAAAGCACAGGACACAUUUAGGAAUGUAAAUAUUUAAUCCAUGAAAAUUCAAGACAUCCCUUUAUGUUACU